AUGGACUCAAGGUAUUUCCACGCCUCCGCGUUGCGUCUGGAUAAAUCCAGGAAGGAGAAACGAAUAAAAGUACCUCUGGACGAAGGAACCGAAGGUGAAGCCAGAGUCGGCAUUGACCCAGCCCGAGCCAAGAAGGGCGAUCCUUUUCCAACAGAAGAAACAUAUGAUCAACUUUUUAAUGGAAUUCCCUUUAAGAAUGUCCCUGUCUGCAGUAUUAGGGUGUCCAAAAACAAUACAAUUUUCGCCCUUUGUCAGAUGGAUGGAACUGGGCAGUUGAUUCGAUCCUGUGGAAUUGAGGGCUUUAAAAAUGCACGGAAAGGCACCAACAUAGCUGCUCAAGCAACUGCUAUCACUUUUAGUCAAAAAGCUCUCGAGCAGGGAUACAAAACAAUUAGAGUUGCAAUUCGAGGCCUUGGACCAGGCAGAGCGGCUUCAAUCAAAGGUCUGGUUAUGGGUGGUAUGGAUAUAAUUUCAGUCACUGAUACCACAAGGAUAUCAUGGAGUCCACCACGACCAAGGAAACCCCGCAGACUGUAA